AUGGCUCCUCAGCGCGAGUCCAAGAGGCGCCGCAGCCGCUGUGGGUUCCCCAAGAAGGGCCAUGUCUGCGCUGCCGCCGACGCUGAUGGUGGUGGCGCCGGCUCGCAGCUGCCCUCCCCGGAGGCGGAGAAGAAGACCAAGGUCGACGGAGCAGCCGCAAGCCAAGAUCCGCCGCAGACAGACAAGAUCAGCGCGCUCCCCGACGACGUCCUCCGCAGCAUCAUCUCCUUCCUCCCGACGGUAGAUGCCGCCCAGACGCAGGCGCUCUCCACCAGAUGGCGCCCCCUGUGGCGCUACGCGCCCCUAAACCUCGACGACGGUGAGCUCAACCUCUCGGAGGACAUCAUCCCGGGCGCGAUCUCGACGAUCCUCUCCGCGCACCAUGGCCCCAUCUGGCGCUUCUCCGUCACCAAGCUCGCCCGCGUCAACGAGUUCCUCGGCGAUAUAGUCUCCGCCCUGGAAGCCAUGCUGCGGCACCAGACGAUCAGCAGCCUCAGCGAGCUCCGUCUCCACUACAGGCCGAGCACGACGGCGCCGGACCCGCUUCCGCCCGCCGCGCUGAGGUUCUCGCUCCUCCGGGUCGCGAGCUUCGGCCACUGCAGCCUACCCGACGGCGACGGCGCCAUCGGGCCCGGGGGCGUCGUCUUCCCGAAUCUGCAGGAGCUCACGCUGCUGGACAUCUCCAACUCGGAGGCCACCCUCCACGCCAUCGUCUCGGCGUGCCCUGCGAUCAGGAGCUUGCUGCUGUGCGACAACGACGCGUUCCGCCACGUGCAGGUCAGAUCCGGGACACUGGUAAGCCUCGGGUUGUGCUCGCGGAGCUCGCAGUUGGAAGAACUCGUCAUCGAGGACACUCCCAACCUGGAGAGGCUGCUCAUGUUCAGAUCACCUCGCAAGCUACCUAGGGUUGUUCGUGUGAUCUCUGCACCCAAACUUGAGGUUCUUGGCUGCCUCUCCAAUGGUGUCACUGAACAAGAGUUUGGAAUGACUUAUAUUAUGCCGCAAACACUCAUGGUCGAUUCGAUUGCAAUGCUGCGCACCGUGAAGAUCCUGGCAUUUAGAAUUGAUGAGACUAGCCUAACUGCAGCCAUCCAUGUCCUCAGAUGCUUUCCGUGCUUGCAGAAGCUUGAUAUUACGCUGGCCGAAGGAUUAUUUUAUCCACAGAUAGAUCAUAAUGGUGCUAUACACAACACUGCUACUGUUGAAUGUCUGGACUUCCAUCUCAAAAAAAUGGUGCUAAGAAAUUAUAGAUGCAAGAAAUCAUAUGCUGCCUUUGCAAAAUUCUUUGUUAUGAAGGCAAGAGUGCUCGAGCUACUGACAAUUCGGACUUGUGUGGGAUUGAACAAAAGGUGGCUGUCUAGUCACCGCAAGCUACUCUACUCAAGGAAGAAGGUUUCUGCAAAUAUUCGAAUUGAAUUUUCAGCUGACGAUUAUUUUGUGGAUUACAAGAACGGAGAACGUACUCAUCAGCUAUUAGUAGCUGAUCCCUUCGAUGACUGAUCUCGGGAUUGCUGUUAACUAGGGAUCAAUAUGUUUGUCCAAGCAAGACGUGAUGUCUUGAUUGUUUGUUGUCUCGACUCUCGAAGUGUGUUUGUCCAAACAAGACAUGUUGAUUUUUUGCUGUCCUUGCAUUCGGAUAUUAUAUAUGUAGUGUUCAUGGUCUUUGUGUUUCAAGCAUGCAAUAGUAUGCAUAUCUUCAAGAAUAUGAUUGUUAAUGUACUGU